UCUUACAAAUGAGUAUAAAUUGAAGAGAAAUUGUCCGAUGAAAGCACAGCAGCAUUGGUUAGAUCUUCAGCAAAUAAAACUAAACUCUCCGAUCCAGCACCGUCGCAAAACUGCCCCUCGCUCUUCUCUUGUCACAAACCCGACCGACGACGACGACGAUAGCGAUGGCUGCCUCAACGACGACCACUCUCGCCAUGGCGGCCAUUGUGUUCCUAGCCGUUGCCGCUUCCGCCGGCGCCGCCCGCGUCGGCAACAACGACAAGGGAAAGCCCCACCCCCACCACGUUGAAAAGGAUGGCGGACCGAUUCUCGGGUUGCCGCAGCCGAUAAUACCACCGGGUGCGAUGACAUGGUGCGUGCCGAGGUCGACGGCGAGCGAGGCGGCGCUCCAAAUGUGCAUCGACUUUGCGUGCAGUCAGGGCGCGGACUGCCGGGCAAUCCAGCCGGGCGGCCCUUGCUUCGCCGGAAACAUGACCCACCAGGCGUCCUUUGUCAUGACCUCUUAUUACAGCAAAUACAGACCCGACAAGAACGGCUGCGACUUUAACGGCGUCGGUCACAUCACAACAGUCAACCCAAGUUUUGAAACUUGCGUAUUCCCGUGAGCUGACAGGGCAGAGAAAGAGAAAUUUUGAAGAGACUCGAAAUUAAUAGAAAUUUUUUAUGGGUGGCCGUACAGACGACAUCCUUUUUUUGGAACGUGUUCAGUGUUUCGGAGAGUAUUUUUAGGGUAGCAUAUGAUGAUGAAGAUUUUUAAAUAACAAAAUAAU